GCCUCCGGGUCUGCAGCGACUAUUGGGUGCCUGGUUUGUUAACCGAUUAUUCUUCAAUAAAGAUUUUUUUAAUAACACGAACAAGCCGACAUGUCUCCGCUUUCCAACCCGUUUAUCCUGGCAGGAAGAAGAUUGUUUACCGGGAGUUUAGGGCAAAGACAUUGCUUUUUGAAUGCCCGUAGUCCAAGACGCCAUUCAUCUGUAACAAGUAGGGUUAACGCUGGGAUGUGUUUCUGUCACACUAGUAGCUAGCUAGCUAGCUAGGUAGGCUACCAAGCUAAAGUCAAGUGAAAGAAUUUAUUGCGGACUCUUGGUCCAGUUCACAAAAAGAAAAGAGGCAUAAAAUAACAAUACGACACACUAAAAUAUGAGAAAAGCUGAGCUGAUGGAAAAUAUGGAUCAGAAGUCCACCUGGGACCGGUUCUACACCGAGAACAACAACAGAGCUUCCACCUUUAAGAACUUCGAGUGGUUCUUUGGUUUUGAUUCUGUCAAGGACUUCAUCAUGCCCCUUUUGCAGACUGGGCACCAUCAAGAUGUUCUGCUCCAGGUACUUGAUCUGGGCUGUGGCACGUCUGCAUUGGGCUUGUCUGUUUACAGCGAGUCCUCUGUCCCAGUCCGAGUUACCUGUGCUGACGUGUCCCCCGUAGCUGUGCAGCUGAUGCAGGAGAACAUUCGACAUAAAGCCAUCAAAGCUCGGCAUCAUUCUUCUCGUGUGGAGUUCGUGGAGCUUGACUGUACACAGCUGGACAGGUACUUCGGUUCUCACAGUCUGGACCUCAUCAUUGACAAGGGAACCACAGACGCCUUGUUGAGGUCCAGGGAGGGAAAGGGGAAGGCUGCCCUGGUCCUGAAGCAGUGUUUAAAGGUGCUGCAGAGUUCUGGAUCUCUGCUCCAGUUCUCAGAUGAGGAUCCAGAUGUCAGACUUUUGUGGCUUGAAGCAGCUGUGAAGGAGCAGGGAGCAGCAGCUGUCGGGUUUCAGGAGGUCGGAGAGCUCAGGGGAGUUUUUUACUACUGCUACCAUGUGACCCCCCAUCCUGUUGGGCAGCAUUGAUAUUAAUGUCAUUGAUAUUAAACAGAAGGUAUUGGUUCUCAUGAAUAA